UAUACUGUGAUACAGACACAGCUAUACACUUGCAGCCUUAGUAACCAGCAGCUGAUACACGGCACCAUGUCUAUUAAGAAGAUUCAUGCUAGGGAGAUCCUCGACUCCAGAGGGAACCCAACUGUUGAGGUUGAUCUCUAUACAGCUAAGGGUCUCUUUAGAGCUGCUGUACCCAGCGGCGCCUCCACUGGAAUUUAUGAAGCUCUGGAACUGAGGGAUGGUGAUAAAUCUCGUUAUUUAGGAAAAGGAGUCCUGCAGGCUGUAGACCACAUCAAUAAAACAAUUGUCCCAGCCCUCCUGGAAAAGAAAUUAAGUGUGGUGGAGCAGGAGAAGAUUGACAAAUUUAUGUUGGAGCUUGAUGGGACAGAAAACAAGUCUAAAUUUGGUGCCAAUGCCAUCUUGGGUGUAUCACUGGCUGUCUGCAAAGCCGGUGCAGCAGAGAAAGGCGUCCCUCUGUAUAGACAUAUUGCUGACCUGGCUGGGAACGCAGACCUCAUCCUCCCUGUCCCUGCAUUCAAUGUAAUCAAUGGCGGCUCACAUGCUGGAAACAAGUUGGCCAUGCAAGAGUUCAUGAUCCUUCCUGUGGGGGCAACCACCUUCCGUGAGGCAAUGCGCAUUGGUGCAGAGGUCUAUCACAACCUUAAGGCAGUCAUCAAAACAAAGUAUGGCAAGGAUGCCACCAAUGUAGGGGAUGAGGGAGGCUUUGCUCCCAACAUACUGGAGAACAAUGAAGCUCUAGAGCUUCUGAAGGCAGCCAUAGAGAAGACUGGAUGCACAGAUAAGAUUGUUAUUGGCAUGGAUGUUGCUGCAUCUGAGUUUUACCGCAAUGGCAAAUAUGACUUGGACUUCAAAUCUCCUGAUGACCCAAGCCGUUAUAUCAGUGGGGAGAAGUUGGGAGAUCUCUACAAGAGCUUCAUAAAGGGUUACCCUGUUGUUUCCAUUGAGGAUCCAUUUGAUCAGGAUGACUGGGAGACAUGGAAGAACUUUCAAGCUACUGUUGACAUCCAGAUUGUUGGUGAUGACCUGACUGUUACUAACCCUAAAAGAAUCCAGAAGGCAGUUGAACAAAAGGCUUGCAAUUGUCUGCUCUUGAAGGUCAACCAAAUAGGAUCAGUCACAGAAUCCAUCCAGGCGUGUAAGCUGGCUCAGUCCAACGGAUGGGGUGUGAUGGUCAGCCACAGGUCUGGAGAGACUGAAGAUACUUUCAUAGCUGACCUAGUAGUUGGGUUGUGCACGGGACAGAUCAAGACGGGUGCCCCAUGCAGGUCAGAGAGACUGGCAAAGUACAAUCAACUGAUGAGGAUUGAGGAGGAACUAGGUGACAAGGCUAAGUUUGCUGGUCGUAACUUCAGAAACCCCAAGGCCAAGUAAAAAGCUUCACCCUCUUAAUCAGAUGUUCCCUUAAUCCUGAACAUUCAAGGCAACAGAAGAUCAUCGAUCUCCAAGAACAAGGGAGCACUUCCCAUCAGUCAAUUCUAUUCCACCUGUGUCGUCCUCCUAGAAUGCUGUAGAGAAACAUUCUGUUCUACACUAUGAACAUCAUUCCACCUCAUGUAAAGUUAAAAUUCACCCUGAAGCUUCCUUAAAUGUUGUCUUGAUAUUAAUGUAAGAGUGUAUGUCUAGAACUGUAAAUAUAAAUGUUCUCUUCAUAGAGGAAGUCUCAUCACUUGACCCCUUAAACCACUGUAUGGAUAUCUGAAUGUUCAUGGAAUACCUGACUUGUCUUUGUGUGAAUAACAUCUGUAGCUGUACUAAUUUUCAUGUAAAGAGAAAGUGUACACUCUUACAUUUCUCAGGCAGCAUUAUCUAGCCUGCAAGGGUUUGUGCAAAAAUAAAGUAGUUAAAUAAACUAACAAGUAA